CUGGAUGCUCACAACAUUUGCAUUUUUUACGUAACAACUCGAAGCUAUUUCAUCCACCACCAAAACUUGCUUCACUUCUCCAGAUUUUCUCUCUUCCGUUGCCAAAACCUAGACGCUGAAGUAAUGGCGUACAGGCGUAGCAUCAUGGCUAGAUCGAAGUUGUUCUACCAACAGCACCAGCGAUUUUCGCCUUCACUGUCACACAUUAGUGGCAGCGACCGUGAAAAGUUGCCUGCAAAAAGGAAUCCUGAGAUGCUCAGCAAUUUUCUGAUAUCCAGAAGCAAUGCUGGCAAUUUUCGACUCAUGCGUUCUGAGGUUCCUGCGGACUAUGGGCUGCUAUCAGGAAAUGUCUCUCGACUUAUGCGUUCUGAGGUUCCCACAGGCUAUGGGCUGAUUUUCCAUAGAAAUAUGUCAAAGGUGCCUUUCGAGAUUGAGGUUCCUUCUGAAGAUUUGAAUGGAGUGAUCGGUGUGGUGGCUGAUAAGGCUGUUGAGGCAGCUCCAGUGAUGAAUGAACUGGCCAGUGCAGCAGCAGGUUCAGUCAGUAAUAUGAACAUAAUUGGAUAUAUGCACUCAUUCACUGGUUUAGAAUGGUGGGCAUCAAUUGCAGCUGUGACUCUUCUGCUGCGUAUUUUGUUUGUUCCUUUUCAAGUAUAUCGUCUUCAAUAUUUUUCCCACGAUGGCGAACGUCGAUUGGACGAAAUAUGUUCACUUCUGAAAUACUUGCAUAUCACCAGGAGUGAUAUUUUAGAAGACAAGGUUGAUAUAAGUGAUAUUGGAGAAAAAGUAGCGCCUAUGUUUAAAUUUCUGGAUAAGUAUGGUCAAUUUCGGUUGUUUGGAUAUUUAUGCUCACCGAUACCUGCCUUUUGUAUUUUCUUUUGUGUUUUAGGCAUGGUGAAGAACGUACCCUCUUUAACAACAGGUGGAACAUUGUGGUUUACAGACUUAACAACUCCCAAUCGCUUGGAACUUCCAAUCCUUCUGGUGUUGACACUUUGGGUUAGGCUGGAAUUGAAUCCAGCACAAUAUUUGCAAAUCGGAAAACCGUAUGUGAAGUCUCAUAAAAUUGCAGUUGCCGUGGUACUAUACCUUGGCGCUGUUGCUGCAGGAUUCCCCACGGCUAUAUACUGUUCAUGGAUCACCUCUAACCUCUUUUCAAUAGCAUAUGGAACUGUUUUGAUUCACCCUCGAGUUCAGAAAUUGUUGGGGAUAUCAUUUGAGAUACCACAUUCAGCUAGAAAAUAGACAUCAUGAAAUUAUAGUGGCCAAAAAUGAGUAUUUUGAAGUCGUUAUUUUGUCUCUUCAAACAAUAUGGCCAAGUUGUUAGAACAAUGUGUAGGUUUGGUGAUCUUGUGGAUUCACAGACUAGCUAGGAUUUUGGUUAUGCCCAAAUUAUUAUCAUCGAAAAAUCAUCACCCUUUUGUGUU